CCUAACAAUACCAUGCCUCUCCCGUUCAAUUCUGCAACUCUUCUCAGUUCUCUCUUUUCCGCAUUCUGCCUCAGCUUCCGCUUUCGCUUUCGCUUUCGCUUUCGAUUUCACUAUUGCUGUGUUCGCCACUUUGCCUCUGCUUUCGCUGUUCUCGCUUUAAGGUAGCUAAACGGUUUCAGGCAAUACUGAUAAUCAUAGAGUGGAGAAUUGUGUUUGGUGAAGUAUCAUCAGUUUUUAUGUUAAGAGAACAUGUUGUAUGCAACGAGGUAUGCAAUCCCUAAACUCCAUCGCUUUUUUCUGCCAUCAUCGAACUUACUUGCUUUUAUGCCAUAUGCCCACCAUACAAGGCUAUGUCUUCUUUAUUCACAGCCGCUUCUAACACGAGACUCUUACAAAUUUAAUAAUGUUAAAGAUGCUGUAGCUUUAUUUAAUUGCAUGGUUGAUAUGCAUCCGCAGCCAUCGAUUGUGGAAUUAACCAAAAUCUUGGGAACGAUUGUAAAGAUGAAGUAUUAUGCCACGGCUAUUUAUCUUUAUACCCAGAUGGAGUCAAAGGGCAUCCUACCAUUUAGUGUUACUUUGAACAUCUUGAUCAAUUGUUAUGGCCAUGCAGGUCAGAUGGGUUUUGCACUCUCGGUAAUGAGCAAGUUUGUUAAGUGGGGAUUUAAGCCAAGUGCUGUAACUUUUACUACAAUAAUGAAGGGGUUGUGUCUUAAUGGUAAGAUUUCGGAUGCACUCUACCUUUAUAAUAAAAUAGUUGCAAAAGGAUUUUGGUUUGAUGAAGUUAUGUAUGGAACCUUAAUCAAUGGGCUGUGUAAGUUUGGAAAAACAAGAUUUGCUCUCCAAAUGCUUUGGAAAAUGGAGGGUCAGUAUGUUAGGCCGAAUCUUGUAAUGUACAAUAUUGUUGUUGAUGGUUUGUGCAAAGAUGGACUUUUGGAUGAUGCACUGGAUUUGUAUUUUAAUAUGCUUGAUCGAGGAAUUUCCCCUGAUGUUGUCACUUACACUUCAUUAAUUUAUGGUUUUUGUCAUGUGGGCCAAUGGAAAGAAGCUAGAUUAUUGCUGAAUGAGAUUGUUGUUAAAGACAUCAGCCUAGAUGUGUAUACCUUUAACAUAAUAAUUGAUGCAUUAUGCAAAGAAGAAAUGCUAUUACAAGCCCAUGUUUUGUGCGAUGUGAUGAUUCUAAGGGGUCAGCAACCAAACAUUAUUACUUAUACAAUUUUGAUGAAUGGAUAUUGUUUGAACAAUGAAGUUGAUGAGGCAAGAAACUUAUUUGAUAUGGUAAUUGAGAGGGGUGUUGUGCCUGAUGUUUGGAGUUAUAACAUCUUGAUUAAAGGUUAUUGCAAGAUUAACAGAGUGGAUGAGGCCAGGAAUUUGAUGAAAGAUAUGUUUCGUAAGAACAUAGUUCCAAACAUUGUAACUUAUAAUUAUCUAGUUGAUGGCUUGUGCAAAGCUGGUAGAAUCUCGUCUGCACGGGAGAUUGUUAAUGAAAUGCAUUAUUGCGGUCAACCAUUCCCUGAUGUAAACACUUAUAAUAUCCUUUUAGAUUUCCUGUGCAAAAACCAGCAUCUUGAUGAGGCAAUUAAAUUAUUUAAAAGUCUCAUCUUUGAAAGAAGUUUUGUUCCAAAUGUUUGGAGUUACAAUAUCUUGAUUAGUGGUUAUUGCAAGAAUAAAAGAUUAGAUGAAGCCAUGAAUCUUUUCCAAGAUAUGUUCAAGAAUUUGGAUCCAAAUAUUGAAACUUACAAUAUAUUGUUACAUGCGUUAUUCGACAGGCAGCAACUUGGCAAGGCAAUUAUACUAUUAAACCAAAUUGUUAAUGAUGAUAUUUGUCCUAAUUUGUACACAUACAAAAUACUUGUACAUGGUUUAUAGAACUCUGGAAGAGUAAAAGAAUGCACAGAAGAUUUUUCAAUCAUUUUUUCAUCAGAGGAAAUCAUGCAGAUGUCAAAAACAUAAUCGAUCAUCUUUGUAAAGGUGGAUCAUCAGAAUAGGGAAGCCCUUGAUUUUACAAUGGGAAGACAAUUAAAACCUCUCUAGUGCUGUCACUUCUAGAGAAAAGAAAAAGGAUGAGGCACAAACUUUUCUGGAAAUGAUCAUUAGAUGCAUGGCAAGCAAUAAGAUACCUAGGGAUUGGAAAAGUGGCAUAUACUUCUUUCGACCACAGCAUUUUUGUUGAGGAGGCACAAUUGAGUAGUUAGUUCUUUUCUCUUCACUAAACUUGUUCCAUUUCUCAUUGUUUGGUGAUAAUGGCAGUGGUUUGGUUACUUCAAUUUUGUCUGAUAUACCAGGCACAACAAAGUACUCAGAUUCAUCCUUUAUGCUUUCCCUCACAUCAUUGGUGCGAAACUGAGUACACGAGACAGAAUCAGCUUACUCUGGCAAAAGAAAUCCCAGAAUGCUGAAUUUGUUGGCAAUGUGGAUUGUAUAUGGCAAAAACGUAUCAGAAACUAUGGAACUCGGCAGCGGCACCAACUCUUCGAAAAGCUUCUCCACCAGUUCCCACAAAAAUGCUUGUUGCGUUCAACAAAUUAACGGCAUUGCCAAGUGAAGGUAACAUAUCAAAAUUCUCACACCCUUCUGGCAAACCAGCUUCUUGAUGUGGAAAUUGAUGCUGAAUUAAUCGAAUCUGAUAACCGAAAUCAUUGUAACGAGCAAAGGUUUGUGGUUUAUGUGAUUCUUGCUGCAUUUUGUGGGGUUGUGACUACCAUGACAACAACAUUCUGCUGAAGCAGUAUUUUUUGCAAUGUCCAUCACUGGGAUCAUGUGACCUUGUGCCACUAAAUGGAACACAACGAAAUGGAGCUGUGGUGUUAUGGAAUCCAUUUUUGUUUUGGUUGAUAUCGUAACUGGAUUUAGUCUACUGAAUUUGAGUGGGUUUAAUUCGUUUACUUGUGUGACAUCUAUAACAUUCCUUUCUUGGUAUGUGUAUCUGCUUUGUUGUUCACCACACUUUAUUUAUAUUAUAUAUAAACAAAUUUGCCAGAGAUAAACACAAUCUCUUAAACAU